GCUUUUUAACCAAAGACAUUCACAUGAACUUAUCAGGAUGAAAAAAAUCCAAAUCUUAACAGCAAAGAUGUCUGCUGAAACACAGCCACCAGAUGGCAGCGCUGAAGAUAUGUCUGCAGACUCAGGCACCGAAGACAAAUUAUCUUCAAGUGUAACUCUUAUCAGAGAAAACAUCUCUAAACCGGCUCUCGCAACAGAUAAUUGUAAAACAACUCGCGAUUGCUCUUCAUCAACCACCUCAGCAUGUACCAGCGCAAAGGAGGACAAGAAAAAGGACAUUUUCAGUAAUCUACCAAAAUUUGACACCCAGGACUGGUACUCACACAAAUGUUUCGACAGAUAUUGGAGUCACUAUGGAUACGUGAUGAACUGGUAUAAGAAGCACGGACAUGUGCAGAGGUCUCUUCAGAAGAAGCUGAGCUACCAUAGGUCAUACCCAUCAUACCAAGCAGCAUAUUCUUAUCCGUCUUUCUCAUACCAGCCUUACUCUUAUCCUUACUCUUAUCCUUACUCUCAUCCUUACUCACAUUCUCAGUACAUUCAUAGACAGACUCCAGUCAGGUCAAGGAAGGGGAGAGGGAGGGCAAAUUGUGCUGUGUCAGGGAUGCCGAGUCAGCCAUCUGUUCCUCUUAAGAGGAAGCAAGGGGAUAUUGAUAUGGACGUAGAAAGUGAUUUUGCUGAUGCAGUGGAAGUAGGUGAUGAUGAUGUUACAUGUGAUGUGACGCCAGCGGGAGGGGAGGAUGUUGCCUCCCAGAUGGAGAUGGAGAUUUCUGAUGAAAUGUUGGACUUUUUUGCAACAUCUCAAAAACACAGGCAACAGAGAGAGGCUGAGAAAAAGGAAGACAUAGAAAAAGAAAAGAAAGACAAAAGGAUCAACAUUGAAGAUGUGAGAGGACAGCUGCGAGAACGGACAUCAGAGGCUCCGAGUGAGAGGCCCGGACUGCGACGCACGUCAGAAAUGAAGCUGUUGUAUGGGACAGGUGCAGCCAUGAUUCACGGCAUGGAGACAGCACUGCAGAUGACAUACGACAGACACCUUGAUGCCAACCAGCCCAAAUAUUGGCCAAAUAUGCCACUGAGAGUCCACUUUUCAGAUUCUUCUUAGACACUGAUGAUUCGUUUGUAACCAAUCCGGAGUUGUGUUGACAGACUUGGACUACAUGUUUUUAAUAAAUAAUGUUUGUAAUCA